UUGUUAUUAAUAAAAGUUUCAGGGCCCGAGAGAGAAGCGGCACGGCAGUCACAGGCUGCCGGCACCACCCGCUUAACUAGGGGAGGAGUGCGGGUGGCCCUGCCGCCCCGAACCGGCCAGCCAGCCUGAGAUCGCGCGGGCCGCCAAGCCUCCCGGCAAGGGCCCAGAGCGUCUCCAGCGCCCGCGUGGGGCGCGGCGAGAGCAGUCAGCCACCCGGGCACUGGGCGCGGCGGGGCGGGCCGGACGCAGAGCGCCCUCCCGGCACGGCUGUUUGUCCAGCAGCCUGCAGCGCUCCUAGGCGCCGCUGCUUUUCCCCACUCUGCCCUUCAGCGACAGCCUCUGGCGGCCCAAGUGGACGUGGCAGGUUGUCCGGUCACCUGCCCAGGAUCCUUGAGCGGCGUUUAAGACAGGGUGUUUGGUGCCAGCUCCCAGGAGCCAGUUUGCAGAAUUCCUAUACCAGAGUCAGUCCAGAUUGCGGGGUUGUGAGUCUCCGGGAGAGACUGUGGAGGUGCCCAAGUGCCACCCUGGGUGGAGCACAUCUGCACGCCAUUUUCAGGAACUUUUGCCACAGGUGUAAAAGACUCUUGACCUGCUAAGAUGCUGAGACAGAUACUGUCGGAGAUGUACAUAGAUCCCGACCUUCUGGCGGAGCUCAGUGAAGAGCAGAAACAGAUCCUGUUCUUCAAGAUGAGAGAGGAACAGAUCCGGCGAUGGAAAGAAAGAGAAGCAGCCAUGGAAAGAAAGGAGUCUGUGCCAGUGAAAUCCAGACCAAAGAAAGAGAAUGGCAAAUCGGUCCAUUGGAAGCUGGGAGCUGAUCAUGAAGUGUGGGUCUGGGUGAUGGGUGAACACUCCCUGGACAAACCCUAUGACAAGCUCUGCAAUGAAAUCAUUGCUGAGAGGGAGCGGCUGAGAGCAGAGAAGGAAGCAGAAGAGCUCAGAAAAUCUCAGUCCAACAAAUUCACCAAUAGUCUGAAAACAAAAUCACAUUACUACAAUCUGCUGGCACCAAAUAACAUGUGUGAUAGAGCAGCAGAAAAGGAGGAAGUGAGGCAAACAUCCAGACCGACACCAACCUUCAAAGAAGACAAAACCGAAUCACCCUCCAGUCCUUCAAGAAAUGUUCAACAAAUGUUGGCAGAUUCUAUCAAUUGUAUGAAGGCUUAUGGAUUUCACCAGAAGAAAGAAUCUGUGAAGGUAAAACAAGAUGAAGAAGUAAAACAAAUAGAUGACGAGAAAACGAAGCAGAUUUAUCAGAGCUGGAAGGAAGAUUCAGAGUGGCAGGCAUCUUUGCGGAAAUCCAAAGCAGCUGAUGAGAAGAGACGCUCCUUGGCUAAGCAGGCCCGGGAAGACUACAAGAGGCUGUCCCAGAGAGGAAGGAGUGGCGAGGGGCUGCAGAGCCCCAGUGGCCCACAGAAGCCCAGGAGACCUCCCCUCCCACCCAAGCCCCAGUUCCUGAGCCCAGGGGGCUGCCCUCCUCCAAAGCUGCUCGGAAAUCAGGGAGUGACGAGGGCGGUGUCUAGCUCUGCCCAGGAGGACAUCAUCCAAUGGUUCAAGGAGGAGCAGCUUCCCUUCCGAGCUGGCUACGAGAGGACCUCAGACACCAUUGCGCCCUGGUUCCAUGGAAUUCUUACACUAAAAAAAGCAAAUGAGCUCCUGAGCACAGGCGUGCCAGGCAGUUUUCUGAUCAGAGUCAGUGAAAAGAUCAAAGGCUAUGCCCUAUCCUACCUGUCAGAAGAGGGCUGUAAGCACUUCCUCAUAGAUGCCUCUGCAGACUCCUACAGCUUCCUGGGUGUGGACCAGCUGCAGCAUGCCACCCUGGCAGAUUUGGUGGAAUAUCAUAAGGAGGAGCCCAUAACCUCCUUGGGGAAGGAGCGCCUGCUCUACCCCUGUGGUCAGCAGGAGCAGCCCCCUGACUACCUGGAGCUCUUUGAGUGACAGUGUCCAUCCGGGUCACCCACGACUUUCGGCUGGGCUUUCCUCUUGACUUUUGUGUAUGAAGCCAAAGUCACCCCGCAGUGGAGCCAAUACAGAAAGUGUCCCUGAAAUCCUCCUUGAAAUCUCUCUUCUGCACAGACACUGGAGUCUAACAUCAAGGAAAAACCACCUCUGUUUCCUCUACACUCUGAAAGUAAAGACGGAAGAGUCCUGAUUUCAGCCAUGACCUAACAUGAAGGAUGCGAUGUUAAUAAUGGACAUAAUAUAAAACAAACACAGAAGAAACUGCAACCUUUUAGGAAUUUGAGUGUACAAAACCAGUAGCUUGUGUGAACUUUUUGUGUGACUUCUCCAUUCCCUCUUUGUAUCUCAAAAGAACUCAGGGCCCUGCUCAUAUGAAAUUCCACCUUGGCAUGGGAAUGCUGACAAAGAAGCCCUUACUGUUGGCUGCCAGGAUCCUCAAAACAUACCUUUCUCACUAUGGGUAUGGGAAGCAGAAAAAUAACUCACAAGUGUAAAGCGUAUUGGACAUUUAAAAAUGUAGAAUGAGAGGCUUAACACAUAUAAAAUACAUAUGGAUUGGAGUAAAGCGAGCAAGCAUCUAUAAGUUUGUUUCCUCAUUCUGAGGAAUGGGGACAGUGCUUGUGCUGUCUCAGUGAUGCAUUGACAAAAACACAAUAAGUCAGCUGUUUAGAUACUACUUGUGGGUCGGAUCAUUUCCCAAAAAGAUACCUUGGAGUCCUAACUCCCUAUAUGUGACAGUGACCUUGUUUAGACAAGGUCAUUGCAGAUGGAGAUAAUUUAAGAUGAGGGUAGGACCUAAAUCAAUCGCUAGUAUCCUCACAAGGAGAGAGAGAUUUAGAAACACAGACACACAUGGGGAAGAUGGCCAUGGGACAACAGAGGCAGACAGGAAUGCUGCUGCUGCUGGGCAAGGACACCAGGGAUUAGGGGCGACCCCCAGAUGCCAGGAGAGAGGCAGGGAGCAGAUUCUCUCUAGAGCUUUGGGAGGAGACAUGGCCUUGUGGACACCUUCUAGCUCCCAGGACUGAGAGAGAAAAAAUAUCUACUUUCAGUCACUGAGUUUAUGGUAAUGUAUUACACAGCUCCAGAAAGCUAAUACAGUAGCUGAUGUAAUUAUGAAUCUGCACACCUCAUAGACUCAUUCAUAGCUGCACAGUCAUAAUGAACUAAACAUGGGCGAUGGGAAAACCUUCCAGCUAAGUAGUCAGCCAGGAGUCCUAUGUCCCAUAGCACUGCUAACCACAACCUCUCGCAAUCUGUGGUUGAACACUCAUCAAAGAGGACAACUUUGGACAGAGACUGGGAGGCUGUACUGCUCAAUAUCACUUUUUUUUUGGAGGAUGGAGAUUUACUUAUAGCACAGGCCUAACUUCAUGCAUCAGCAUUCAUUAAAAUUGUCUCUCUGAUGGUGCUGCAGUGUGUUCAUGACAUUGUCAGUUGUGUGGCACACUCAUGCCCAGUGUAAAAUGUGACCAGAGAAGAGGCUGGUGUGUGUUUCAAUGAAAAAGCUUUUAAACAUACCAUGGUUAAUUGUUUCUUGAAGUGUUUCCCAUGGUUUCUAUGGUUAGGGUUUUAUAAAAACUCUUAGCUUUUGUACCUGUGAGUCAACCAUUAUGCAGAAACCUCCCUUCUGUUGGAAACUUACUGUUUCCAUCUCUUCCCACUAUUUUCUGUAUGAUUUUGGACCAGUUUCUCUACUUCUCUGUUUUUGCUUCUGAAAGGAGACAUUUUAAGCUGGGUGGUCUUUAUUAUUUUCAUCCAGCUCUCAAAUCUUAAGUUGUAUUACUCACUGAAAUGAAUGAAAUAACCCUAUAGUCACAAUAGUUAUGAAGAUGCAUAAGAUUUCAGCAUCACAUAAGUAUGACUAGGUACACCUACACUACAUGAUGGAAGAUUGAGAAAACAGGAAAUGACCCCACUGAACUAACCUAAUAUUACAAGGGAGAAGGUACUUGAGUUUUAUACUAUUUUCCUGUUGAUGAUUGAUACUCAGAGAAGUAAAGUAUCUAGUGUCUGAUGAUAUGAUGGCCAGGAGUAAUGCUUGAAAUUCUUUGGGAAAGAGAAUGGUUUGUAAAUUCAGAAAUUGACUUAAGUGGGGUUAAAGAGGCCAGGAUUCAGUGUCUAAUUCUAUUGAUGGUCCAAGGUGACAUCCAGACCCUGGCCCUGGUCUCCUCUUUCUAUUGCCUUACAAGCCCAGCUUCCUGACUCACCUCCCCAAAAUCUCUUGGUCAGGGAUGUUGCUCCCACGUUACUGCCCAGGUUCUCAACCCCAAGGACUUCGACCUGCAGACUUCAGAGUCUUUGAGUCUGCUCUCAAAUGCUAUUCUAUAUCUGAGCUGAUUCUUCUCUCCCUCAAUAAGACUCUGGAAUCUCCCUCCUUCAGUUAUCUCAGGUUUUCUGGUCACUGCUUUUGUAUCACCAGAGCCUCUCUCCCAAUCAGAUCAUCUGUAGGGCCCCUAGUUCUCGUCUCCUGCCCUAUCCUGCCGUGCUAAAUUGCACAGGAAAGCUUGCUUGUCCCUUCAUGUCACCAGUAAUGGUAGGCUUUGUCAAGAUGUGUGAGUUGGCUCCAGCCUUGGCCUGGGAAGUGGAAAAGCACAGGUAUAGUUAGGGAGAAAGAGGAUCAAGAGAGAGAAAACAUGAAGACGGGGAAUGGACAGGCCACCAAAAAUAUCUCCAGGGCACUUAUAUUUCAAAAGUUGCCUAUCUGAGCUAAUGCUUUGGAAUCAAACUACCCUUUUAGUAUAACAGCAUAUACUAAUAUGACAUGAAAUUUGCUUUUAGGUUAAAAAGAGAAAAACUUUUGGCUUAAAUUUUUGCAAUUGCCCCUUCUAUAGAGGUAUCUUUCUUAAUGCACUAGAAUCCCAGUAUGUCGCUUUCACACACUCAUAUGUUGGGGCCCCUGCUAUUUGGUACACAGAGAAGAUGCAGUGGUGGUUAUGGGAUAUCAUGGGUAUAUGUCCAUGGGAACUUAUUUGCUUUCAUUUUUGUUGGUAACAUGGUUAACACUUUCAAGCCAAAGUACAUGUCUUUCUUAGAACACAAGUUCUGUACAAUCAUAUCUUUCAGUCAUACUUCUAUGCGAACCGUGUUUUUCUCCUCAGGAUAGCUAUAAAUCUUAGCUUUCUCUUGGCCUUCUGUUUGAGUAAUCUCUUCCUCGUCGUUUUCAUUUAUUCUUUCUGAUGGACUUUAGAACUGCUCGUCUCUGUCAUUUCCACACAAAAGAUUAAAUUUUCUGCAAUAUUAA